GCGGCGGCGCCCGCGCACAUUUGAAAUGGCCGACGAGCUGCCGGCGGGGCUGGGGCUGCGCCCCGAGGCGCCGGGGCCGGGGCCGGGGAGCGCGGGCGGCGCGGCCCGGGAGGCGCCCCCGGAGGAAGGUUCGCCCCCAGACGGAGAUGCGAGCAGCGACUGCGGCCGGGAGGACAGCCCGGGGUCCCGGUUACCCCGCUUCGUGCUGCAGGGGAAGACCCACUUCCCGGAGCUGUUCCAGACCGGCCACCUCCCGCUCUACGAGCGCUUCCGGGCCUACCAGGACUACAUCCUCGCCGACUGCAAGGCCUCGGAGGUGCGCGAGUUCACGGCCGAGUUCCUGGAGAAGGUGCUGGAGCCGUCGGGGUGGCGGGCCGUCUGGCACACCAGCGUGUUCGAGGUGCUGGUGGAGGUCACGGACGUGGACUGCGCAGCCCUGGAGGCCGCGGUGCGGCUGGCGGAGCCCUGCCUGUGCGAGGCGCGCGCGGGCACCUUCACGGCGGAGUGCGUGCGGGAGCUCCUGGAGCUGAAGGGCUGGCGGCUGCCCCUGCGGGAGCUGUGGGUGGUGUUCGACGGCUCCGGGGCCCUGGACCAGACGGCGCUGGCCGUGGAGCACGUCAGGUUUUUCUACCAGCACAUCUGGAGGAGCUGGGACGAGGAGGAGGAGGACGAUUACGACUACUUUGUCCGCUGCGUGGAGCCGCGGCUCAGGCUGCACUACGACAUCCUGGAGGACCGUGUGCCCUCAGGCCUGGUCGCCGACUACCGCGGCCUGCUGGCGCGCUGCGAGGGCGUCUACCGCAGCUUCCUGGACCUGCGCAGCAGCCUGUCGGCCUACGGCGCGGACUCGGAGCAGGAGAACGUCUCCAUGGUGCAGGGCCUGGAGCUGUACUCGGAGCUGGAGCAGCUCAAGCAGAAGCUGAAGCUGAUCGAGAACCCCCUGCUGAGGUACGUGUUCGGCUACCAGAAGAAUUCCAACGUCCAAGCAAAGGGCGCCCGGCCGCGUGGCCAGAGGGUCACCCACGUGGUGUCCUCCGCCAUGGUGACGGGGCUGCUGCAGGCUCUGCUCAGGGACCGGCUGUGCCCGGAGCCAGGCGCGGAGGACACCGAGGUCCAGUUCCACAGGGACCCGCUGGGGGCCAUCGGCGCCUGCUACGAGGGCGACAGGGUGAUCGUCUGUCCCGGCCGCUACGUGGUGCAGGGCGCCAUCUCCAUCGCGGACUCCAUCGAGCUGGAAGGGUACGGGCUGCCCGACGACAUCGUCAUAGAGAAGCGGGGCCAGGGCGACACCUUCGUGGACUGCUCGGGCGCCGACGUGAGGAUCUCCUGCGUGAAGUUCAUCCAGCACGGCGCCGUGGAGGGCAUCCUGGUCGUCCACCGCGGCAGGACCACCGUGGAGAACUGCGUGCUGCAGUGCGAGACCACGGGCGUGACGGUGCGCACCUCCGCGGAGCUGGUCAUGCGGGCCUCCGACCUGUGCGGCGCCAAGGGGGCCGGCGUGGAGAUCUACCCGGGCAGCACGUGCUCCCUGAGCGACAGCGGGAUCCACCACUGCCGGGAGGGCAUCCUCAUCAAGGACUUCCUGGAUGAGCACUACGACCUCCCCAAGAUCUCCCUGGUGAACAACAUCAUCCACAACAACGAGGGCUACGGCGUCGUCCUGGUGAAGCCGAGGAUCUUCUCCGACCUGCAGGAGGACGCCCAGGGCGGAGCCGAAGAAAACAAGGCGCCGAGAGGUCCGCCGCAGGGGGAGGCCGCCGAGGCCGAGGGCGCGGACCCCGAGGAGCUGCUGGGGGGCCCGGCCCGGAAGGGGGGGCUGCGCCCCAGGCCCGGGCCCCCCGGGCACCCGGAAGGCAACUGCGAGAUCGUCAGCGAGCUGGUGGCGGCCUCCGCGCAGAAGGGGCGGCUGAGGAGGAAGCGGCUGAGCGAGCUGGGCAUCACGCAGGCGGACGACACGCUCAUGGCCCAGGGCAUGUUCGUGGCCAUCGCCGAGAACCAGUUCAAGUGGAACGGCAAGGGCAGCUUCGGCACGUUUCUCUUCUGACGCGGCCGUGCACACGCCCGCCCCCUGCUCUGCCGCUGCCUCUGCUCCUGCUCGCUGGGCCCCGGCCAGUACCCGGUGGGUAGGGGCCUGCCUGCAGGUGCACGGACCUCCCUCUCUGCACAGGCGGUGGCUCCUGUGACACGGUUCUCUGACACCGAGCCUGUUGCAGCCCGGGCGUGAGCACACUCCCCGGCUCCUCGGAGCACAGGCAGGCACAAGGGCCCGUCGCCCUGGACCGCGCUGCCCCCUGCUGUGCCCUCUGGCCUGGGGCAGCGUGUCCGGCCCCAGCUGAGUUUGCACACCCCUCAGAGGACUAGCUCUUCCACGGGGGCCGCCCCGUCAGACUGCAGGGUUCGGGCUGCGUGCGUACGUGGCCUGUGGCUCCUGAGAGCAGACGUGGAGCGUGUACCAGAGCAGAGUGCGUGGAGCUGGCGGGCGUGGAUCGUGUAGCAGUGUUCUGAGCCGGUUCUCACCCAGCUGUGCAGUCUGCCCUGUAAAGCCAGCUUUGGACAUAUUUAUAUUAAAAAGGUUAAAUGUUACAUUAAUAUACUAACGAUUAAAGUGAUGCUGAUGACGGAAUCGGAUCUUGUGUUUUCC